AUGGGCCCGCCGCCCAGGGCGGCCUUCGCCGCGGGGCUCGCCGCCGGCGGCGUGCUCGUCGCGCUGCUCUUCGCCCGAAAGAAGCGCCGCAUCGAGACGCUGUUCACCGACGAGGCCUGCCCGCCCGCCGGCCACUACUCGCAGGCGACGAUCUACGACGACACGCUCUACGUGAGCGGCCUCCUCCCCGUGAUGCCCGACGGCACGAAGCUCGCGGGCAAGAGCUUCGAGGUCCAGGCGACGGCCGCGCUGCAGAACCUGCGCGCGGUGCUCGAGGCGGCCGGCGCGUCGCCGAAGCAGCUCGUGUCGGUCCGCGUCUACAUCGCGGACAUCGACAACUGGCCCGCGUUCAACGCCAUGUACGCGCGCUUCUGCGAGGACCACAAGCCCGCGCGGGCCGUCGUGCCCGUGCCCCACCUGCACUACGGCCUGGCGCUCGAGAUCGAGGCGACGGCCGCGCUAUAG